AUGAAGUGUGCUCGAGUACGGAACAACUUUACUAAUGUGAAAGCUGACCAGAGAGGGGGGGGCGAUCGUACUCGGGCACGGCUGUUCUGUUUCCCAUGUUUGCUGUUUGGCGGUACCACCGACAGGGUCUGUACUAAUGCAGGACAUUGUGACCCGAACAACUUGCCCUGUGCGAUAACCAAGCACAAAAAGUCGGUGGUCCACAUUCAGAGCCAGAUUGCUCUGAAAACAUUUGGACUCAACAGAAUCGACCUGGCUUUGGAUGAACAACAACGGCUGAGCGUUAGCAUCCACAAUGAGAAGGUAACGAAAAACUGAGAAAUCCUAAAAACUCUCAUUGAUGCUGCAUGUUUCCUUGGUAAACAGGAGCUAGCUUUCCGUGGGAACAAUGAGAGUAAAAGUUCCUCAAACCGGGGGAAUUUCAUUGAACUGUUGCACCUGUUUGCCAGCGAGGAUGCUAAUUUAGCCUCCCACUUGGCAUCAUCUACAUUGUUUUCCGGCAUGUCAAACAGAAUCCAAAAUGACUUAAUUGAAGCGAUUGCGGAUGUUCUGAAGGAAGACAUAAAAGAGGAACUGAGUGUGGCACAGUUUGUUGCAGUGGAGGUGGAUGAAACCACAGACAUCACAAACAAGGCUCAAAUCUCAGUCAUUAUUCGGUAUGUCUCCAGUAGUGAGGUGAAGGAGGCUUUGUUGGGCUUUGAUGAUGUGAGUGAUGACCACAGAGCAACGGUAAUUACCAACUAUAUGUUAGGUGUACUAGAGAAGUUUAACUGUGCACACAAGUUGGUAGCGCAACAUCUAAAUGGAGUACAAGCAAAAAUUAGAGAAAAAGUCCCAGAAGCAAUAUUUACUCACUGCUACAGCCACAAACUAAACCUUGUGCUCUCACAGUCUGCAAAGAUGAUCCCUGAGUGUAAAAUCUUUUUUAAGACUGUUGAAGGCCUUGCAGCUUUUUUUAGCAGGUCUACGAAAUGCCCCAAUCUACUUGAUGAAGCGGUGAAACGAUGCAUUCCACAGGCAGCAGCUACCAGAUGGAACUCAAACUCGAGGCUUGUUCAGAUCAUCAUGUUCUACCAUGCAGAGUUUCGCGAGGUAUUCAACCUCAUUCAAGAAAACCCCAAUGAUUGGGAUGGAGAGGCACUAACUAUGACCGCUGGGUUCAAUUUCUGACUUUCUAAAGCUUCUACCUGCUUUCUUCUCAUGGAAUACAGUGCGAUUUUCACAGAGACAGACACAUUGUUCCGUGUUCUCCAGACCGAGGUGAUGGACAUAGGAUUCUGCUCCCUUCGUGUCAGUGACACUGUGAAAGCCUUGAGCAACCAGCGCCAGUUGUUUGACUCAUUUUAUGAAUGUUUUCAGGAGCGGUGCAAAGCUAUGAACUUGGUCCACAAUAGCAUGUGCAGCAAGCAGCCGGUCCGAGACGAGAGACGAAGGCUUUUCUACAGCCUCCUGGACAACAUCAAUGUACAGAUGGAGGCAAGAUUCAACAACUUGGGAGAACUUGAUUUUCUGGCUUUAGUUGACUGUAAAAAGUUUACUGAGCUGUCAGCUCACUUUAAUGAUGCAAAACUGCAUAGCCUCGCUAAAUAUGGCAAGUACUUUGAUUUUGUCAGGCUAAAAGCCGACCUCAUCGGGUUAAAUAGUUCACAGAUGGUCAAGGACAAAUCACCUCUUCAACUGCUGGCUUUCCUGGUUGAAAAUGACCAUGAACUGUUCCAGAGGCAACCAAACUGCUGAAAUUGGUGUUGACCAUUCGAGCCACCACAGCAUCAGUGGAAAGGUCUUUUUCUGCCUUAAAAUGCAUAAAGACCUACAGCCGCAACAGGACGGAGCAAAGAAGAUU